UCAUCGGCCAGGCGGCGCGGGACAAACGGGGAAUGAUGGCAUUGUAUUUGAAACAGUUAGCACUAAAGAAAAAGCAGGAAGUUGACAACACAAAAUACAUAGGAGAAGCUACUGGUGAUCUUAAGGCACGUGCAUUAGCAAGUAAAACCUGGCUGACAGGAAAGUUUGCUGAACUCCGGCUACUGUUAGAUGAGGAGGAAACAUUAACCAAAAGAUACAUUGAUGAGAAGGCCCAGCAUGCCCUGAUGGCGUAUGAAGAGCAGAGAGAGGCCUGUGAUGGGCAAAUUAAAAUAAUCGACAGCUUCACAGAGAGGAUCAGACAGAUCCAGCUGCGACCUGACCCUCUUCAUUUGCUAAAGGACUACAGUCCAAUAGAAAAGGAAAUGGCAAAGCAGAGGAUCCCCGUGGACCAAUGGGUUCCAGUGCCUGUGUCAUUUGAACACAUUACAAACCACUUCAGGCGUUUUGUGGAGACACUUCAGUCCAUCUUGCAGAAGCCACUCAAAACUCGGCUCAAGGAAGACAUUUUCAGCAGUCUUAACAGCACCUUGAAGAAGGAACCUGGUAUCUUGUUGAAAACAAACUCUUGUGCUGAUCGACCACUCUUCUUAAAACAUGCGAGAUCCCCCACUCUGGAGUUCAAUAGUUUGCACCCAAGGUUGAUCAUGUCCGAAGACCGCCUCUCCGUAAGCUGUUGCUGGAGGAGAAAGCUUUACUCCUGGAGCCCAGAGAGAUUUGACAGGCUCUGGCAAGUCUUGAGCAGAGACUCUUUCUCUGCUGGGAGUCAUUACUGGGAGGUAGAUUUGCUUCAGGCUGAGGAAGGAUGGUGGAUUGGGGCAGCUUAUCCUUCUAUCAGUAGAAAAGGAAAUUCUGAACUGUGCCGCCUAGGAUGGAACCGAGCAUCCUGGUGUAUCAAAAGGUUUGACUUUGAAUACUGGGCCUUCCAUAAUGGAGAGAGAAUCCAAAUCCGAACAAAGGACGAUCCGGAACGAAUCGGGGUCUUCUUGGAUUAUGAAGCUGGGAUCUUGUCUUUCUAUAAUGUAACUGAUGGGAUGGCACACCUGCACACAUUUCACUCAAAGUUCACGGAACCAGUUUACCCAGCACUGAGGUUGUGGAAAGGGACUAUAACAAUAUCUAAGUUAACUUAAGGCCGAUAAUGUCACAAGAAGGUGGAAUAGAUUCCACGUUGCUCAUCGUCAUCUAAAAGCAGCCACAUCCUAGAAGCCCUUCUGAUUUUGAAAAGGAUAAUGAGAGUACAAUGCAGAACCACCUUCUAGAUGGCAACACUCACUCAGGGAGGCAGCCAUAGAUAUGGGGCCUCAUAUGCCUCCGAGAAUUUGCUUUUGAGUGCAAAAUUUAACAGCCUCUGUCUGUCUGUCUAGUAAUUUCAAGUGAAAUUUCAGAAGCUGGAGUGGGGGAUACUCAACAGUAUGAAACAGCAUGAUGUGGAUGGGAAUGUCUCCCAUCGACGUGCAUUUUGAUCAGCACUGUAGCUGAGAUUCAAGUUCUUGUGUGAGAAAUUCUGCUUCAAAAUUUGCGGGGUGUCAGGUCAAAAGAGGGAUCAAAACCUGUCCAUUUUUUAGGGUGGUGGUUAAAUAGGUUUUUGCCUUCAAAAGGCAGCCUUUUGAAGAAAAAAAGGCAGUGGGUAGAAUGCUAUUUCAGAACCCCAUCAGAGUGAUGCUCCAUAAAAUGGUGUUCUAUUGUUGGAGGAAAAAUACCAACCAUCCGGGGGAGCAGUGAGUGGAUUUGACCCUGAAAUACUCCUUUCACCUCUUUAUGUAUGUAAUUAUCUAGGUAGGUGAUAUAAUUCUGGUUGCCUUGGUGCAAAAGUGUGUCUUCUUUAGUGCAGAAUACACACAACACUGUAUAGAUACAGGCUGUUUUUUUUGGUUUUUUUUAAGUAUUAAGAAUAAUCUUCUGUUGCAUGUUUACUAUGUGAAAGGUACUGUUAGCAGGUUAACUUGCAGCCCCAAAACCAGGGGUUUGUUCACUGGUUCUAGCCUGGGAGAUCUUGAUUUAAAUCCCUGUGGGUUUGCUAGAGAGAUGGCUCUAUAAUAUCUGAGCCUUAUUCCCACCUGUGAUGGCAGUUAUAACUUACUCAAAUGCUUGUUGUGAGCAAAGUGGGGUUUGUUGUUUGUUUGUUUUAAAGCAGCACUUAAUAUUAACAGCUCAAUCCUAUGCAUAUUUACUUGGAAGUAAGUCUCCUUGAGGUCAGUGCAUCCCUAUUAAAUGUACUCAGGAUUGCAGCCCCAAAGAGCUGUAUUGAUAUUUUACUUGUAAUGCUUCCAAGUAGCCUGAAUUCCAAAUGCUGCUGUUAUGAUUUGGGGAGACCCAUCUCUUAACCCUCUUUUGAGUGUGUUAUAUUCUUUGGGAAGGGUUACUGCAUUCAGAGAGUCUGAGGAAAUUCUCACGACCAGCCGAAACCGGGCUAAGGGAGCCCAGCCCAGUUUUGGCUGGUCAUGAGACCUGCCGGGAGCUGUGUGGCUCCCAGCGGCGAGCCCUCUUAAGUAGCCCACCGCUUAACCCAGGUUUUGGGUGCAAGAGCAUGUGACGGCGGAGGUCAUUUCUGGCCACCAUUUUGUGUUCAGGAGAGACCGAGAGCCAUUUUAUGGCUGAUUUUGAGGGGCGGGGGAGUCCAAAAACGGUGGUGGUGGUGGUGAUGAUGAUGAUGAUUUUGCUUUUUUUUAAAAAAAAACUGAUUUCGGCACUUUGGGUGGGGGGCAUUGCUGGAAUGCAGGGGACCCAUGGAGCACAAUAAGGUUUUUUGUUUUUGCUAUUUUUAAGACUGGUUUUAGCAAUUUUUGAAGCAUCCAGGAACCUAACCCCCAGAUUUCCAUUGCCGCAGUGCCUCGGUAUUAGUGGUUUUAGUAUCCAUGGCACUAGCUGAGAACGGAACCCCCGUGAAUACUGAGGUCCUCCUGUGUGUAACUUGAAAGAACAGCUGUGAAUAUCUAUAUUGGUAAAGCUAAUUGGGAGAACUGGAUGUAAUAUUUGAAAUGUUCUUUAGAAAGUAUAUUCCCUUCCUAUAGGGAAACGAUGGGGCAAGCCAGACAGGAGGUUAAUCCUACACUGUUGUUUCUCCACUUCGAAUUUCUUCUGCCUUUUUAUACGUCACUUUGGUUGCAUCCACUUGCUCUUGCCUUGCUCACAAGUAGGCCUUUAUUCAUGGCCAGACUAUGAUUUGUAAGGAGGCCUGUCUCAGGGUCAGGAGUUAAAAACCUAAGAGCUACUCUCCUAGAUCACUAUAAAUUGCCAGUCAGAUGCCUUUAGGAAGCUUAUAAGCAGGAGAUGAAGGCAAUAAUCCUCUCCAGCUGUUGCUCCCAAGCAACUGAUAUUCAGAGGCAUACUGCUUCUGAAUGUGACGAUAGUAUAUAGCCAUCAUGGCUAGUAAUCAUUGAUGAUCUAAUCCCAUUUUAAAGCCAUCAAGGCUACUGGCCAUCACCAUAUCUUGUGGCAUAGAUUAUUAUUUUUUAAAAUGUUUCUAGUUCCAGUCUUUCCAUGACAGGGUGGUUAAUACUCUACACGAUUCUGGCCACAGUCUUUUGCUACCUUUUGCAAGGCAUUAAAAUGAUUACUGUAAUGUUGACUACUAUUUGUAUAAAAUCACUAUUCUCACAUCCAUCUUAUUAAAAGGUGGCUAACAGCA